GGCAAAAUAAGCUUCACGCCAACCAGCUAAAUUAUGAUGCAGUAGUUUGCGUAAAGUGCGUAACUUGUAGUGUUGUGUGGCGUCCACUGAUAAAUAUAGCGUCCAUGCUAAGUGAACGCAAAUAACGACUGUACACGUUAAAAGCCGACAAUCGUCAAGUAAGGCACCAGAACCAUCCACCACAGAGUAUAUUUCUUUAAUCUAUAUUUAUCUAUAGAAAUGUUUAAUUGUGACAGCACUAAUUUUGGGCCAGACGACGGCGUUAAAAUGCUAAUGUUAGCAUUAGCUAACCGAGGGUCUAACAGUGGAUCCACGUUACACUAAGCACCAGAAUCAGAACCAAAUGUCCAGCAGUGGCUGGCCGCUCGCUGCGGUGUGUCAGAUGAACGCUACUCCAGACAAGCAGGCCAACUUGUGUGCUGCCAAAGAGCUGCUGGAGGAGGCGGCACAGCGAGGUGCCAGCAUGGCGUUCCUUCCUGAGGCGUUUGAUUACAUUGGUAGUAGUCAUGAGGAGACCUUGGCGCUGUCGGAGAGCCUAGAGGGGAACACAAUGAUGCAAUAUUCUCAGAUGGCCAGGAAGUUGGGCAUCUGGCUGUCUCUGGGUGGCUUCCAUGAGCGAGGUCCAGCCUGGGAGACUGAGAAGCGGAUUUACAACAGCAAUGUGGUCAUGAACAACAAAGGUCAGAUUGUGUCGAUAUACAGGAAGUCCCACAUGUUUGACGUGGAACUUCCUGAAAAAGGCAUCUCCAUAAAAGAAAGUGCCUUCACCAUCCCGGGACAGUCGCUCGUGUCUCCGUUCCAAACGCCUGUUGGCAAGGUUGGUUUGGGAGUCUGCUAUGAUUUAAGAUUCCCUGAGCUGUCACUGGCGCUGCAAAAGAACGGCGCUGAGAUCCUGACGUUCCCGUCAGCCUUCACCGAAGUCACAGGGGCUGCCCAUUGGGAGGUGCUGCUCCGCGCGAGAGCCAUCGAGAAUCAAUGCUACGUCCUGGCGCCGGCACAGGUCGGCCAGCACCAUGGCAAACGCUCGUCCUACGGCCACGCCCUGGCAGUGGACCCCUGGGGUGUUGUGAUGGGUGACUGCGGAGGGGAGAAAGCAGGGGUGCUGCUUGUGGAAGUGGACCUGGACAAGAUGAGGAGCAUCCGCACAAACAUGCCGCUCCAAAAGCACCGCAGAGAGGAGAGUUUUUACACUAGAUUAUCUGAUGAGCAAUGACAUCGUAAAACAUCAGGACAGAUGUGUGUCAAUCAGAAAUUGGAAUAUAAGUUAUACUAUUUGUAUGGGCUAGUAUGGGACUCUCAUACUUAUUAUGGUGGAAUAAAUGAAUGCAUCACAAACAUCUUUAUUACAUUUUUAUUAACAUCAUCAAAUAA